AUGGGGCGGCCUCUUGGUGGGCACACCUGGUUCAGAUGCAUGAUGGUCUCAACGCUUUGUCCCAGCAGUUGCAUUGCUGUUGGCCCGCUUCCUGCGCCCAAAGUGGUGGGCAGCUUGGGUGGCUGCACGCAUGUGCGUGUCCCGGUGCAGGAGGCCACACUCCUACAGCAAGAGCAGUUUGUCGAGGAUGCCCUGGAGCAGCCGACGGCCUCGGCGGGUAGUGAUCCUUACGGCCUCGUGCUUUGGCCAGCUGCGCAGGUUGUCGCUGGAGCCUUGCUGGGGCUGCUUGGUGCCUUCACGACGGGCAAGGAGGGGCGAAAGCGAGUGUUGGAGCUUGGCGCUGGCACGGGGCUCUGCUCUCUGGCUGCAGCUGCUGCAGGGCAUCAGGCGCUGGCCACGGAUUAUCGCGUGGAGCCUUUGGAGCUCCUACAACAGGCCGUGACCUUAAAUGAGAAGCAGCUGGGCCAGAGCCUGGCGAUAGAGACGGCGCUUCUCGACUUCACGAAGGACGAUUGGCCCGACGCGGACAUUGUGGUGGCGGCUGACCUGCUAUACUUGCGAUCAACAUCGCAGGCGCUCGCGGCAGGAUGCGUGUCUGCCUUGCGCCGUGGAGCUGACGUCUUGGUUGGAGAUCCGCGGCCAUGUCAUGCCAAGUCUUGCGCCAAAGGUACUUAUUAA